GGCCAUCUCCUGAGCCCAUUAAACAGGGACCAUGGUUCGGAAACCGACUCCGCUCGUUUUCACCUCUACGGCGUCGAGCAAUGACGGCAGCAGCGCCAGCGCCAGCGCGAUCAACGAACCUCCCCAAUCGGCCCACAGCGUCAAGUCGCCAGGAACGCCGCGCUCGUUCCGCUUCAGUAAGAAACCCAGCCUUGCAGCAGAUAAUCCCGAAAACUUAUUAGAGAUGCAAGCUCCCGAGCAGCAGCAACAUCAAUUUCCGCAAUCAGCUCGUAUUCCCUCCUCCCCACACCUGGAUUCGUUGGGGAACAACCAGCAGCAGGCCGCCCCCGACGGAUCAACAAUACCAGAGGGACAACGCGCGUACACCCCGUCGACAUCGCCGCAGAGGACGGGCUUCUUCGCAAACAUGAAGGCGUCCAAGUCGUCGAACCGCCUGCAGCAAGCCGAGGCCAAGAGGCCCGCAACAAGGGAUAGGACGAUAUCUAAGGACAGUGUCCACCAAGGCGGCCCAGGGGCUGUCGCAAGCUCGGACGCACCCAAUAAUAAACCUAGAGACGACAGAUCCACCACACGUCGACCCGUCGCUACCCCUUCCCGAUCAGAACCACAACUAAAUACGUACGCCGACUCGACCCCGGUCGAUACUGUAGGCGCCGGUGCCCAAACAAAUCACAACUCUGCUAGCAGACGACCCAAGCCCAAAGGCUUCAACCUACUACGAAGAACAAGCUCGAUACGAAAUGACUCAGAACCAAUGAGCCCAGGAGAAUCAUCAACACUGUCGCCGAACGACCAAGACCGUCAACAAGUACUGGAAGGACUACGCACAGCCCCUCUCCGUGCCGACAACGACCGAACCUUCAGAGAGCUGAUCAAGAACUCCAACUCGCGCAAUCGCUCUGCGGACCGCCAACCUCCCGCACAAAGACCGGAGGUGAGACGGGAGCCAAAGGACACCCACCGCGGCACGCCCUCUAUAUCAAUGUCGCGGGACAACGGCGGCACGUCGCUGAUGAACAGCCUCAAGGGCGCCGGGACGAAGGCCGCGUCGUCGUUUGGCAGGAAUUUCUUCGGCAAAUCGGCACGCAGUGGUAGCACGAAUGAGAAGGAAGGGCCGAUUGAUGAUGAGCAUUAUGUGUUGAAGGUGCUGAAUCUGCCGCUGAUAGAGCAGACGAGGGUUUCGCGCAUAUCGAAGCAGUUGGAGACGUCGAGGGAUAAGACGGAGUUCUGGAUGCCGUCGUUUCCUUGGAGGGCUAUUGAUUAUUUGAACUAUAGAGGUACGGAUGCGGAGGGGCUGUACAGAGUGCCUGGUAGUGGACCGCAGAUUCGGAAAUGGCAGCGGAAAUUUGACGAAGACCUUGAUGUGGACCUAUUUGCGCAAACAGAUUUGUACGAUAUCAACAUCGUCGGCUCCAUGCUCAAAUCCUGGCUCCGCGAGUUACCCGACGAGCUCUUCCCCAAGGACGCCCAAGAGCGGGUCUCCAAAGAAUCGCCCAACUGCGAAGACGUGCCACAAGUUCUCAUCGACGAACUAUCCAACCUACCGCCUUACAACUACUACCUCCUCUUCGCCAUCACCUGCCACCUCAGCCUCGUCCUCGAGCACCGAGAGGCAAACAAGAUGAACUAUCAAAACCUCACAGUCUGCUUCCUGCCCUGCAUGAGAAUGGACGCCUACUGCUUCCGCUUCCUCGUCGUCAAAUGGCGCGACUGCUGGAAGGGGUGUAACACCGAAGCGGUGUGGUUGGAGAAGGAAGCGAGAUGGCGCGAGGAGGCGAAUGGCACGAAAGUUGUUGAUGAUGGGAGAACAAGUAUAGCUAUUGAUGAUAGGAAUGUGUCGUCCUCCGAUAGCAGUAACCCAUCUAGCCUCAACCGCGGGAAUCAGCAGAGACCUGCUCAGAGCCAGGAGCAGCCUGCGAAGACGUCGACGGCUACUGCUGCGCCGGCGGAGAAUGAGAGGCCUGGAUACCAGUAUGCGAGAGAGGCGCCGGCGUCGGGGACGACGAAUGGGGGGAGCUCACUGAGUGCUGCUGACCAGCGAGGUCUUGGCGGUGGGCGGGAGAUGCUGCUGCCGAUUCAGCCUAUGUCGCCAAUGUAUAUGCCUGGCUCGGCUUUGGACUCCUCUUGAGCGCUGGUCGGUUUCUGUUAAGGCCAGUUGCGACUACAGGCACUGUGCCAAGCCGUAGAGGCUUCGGACAUUAUUCUUACCCGUCACUUUCACAGUGCCUAUUUGCCGUUACCUGCACUACGACCACGUCCCGAUCCGCAUUUUAUACAGACUACAACGCCCCAUUUUUUAACUCCCACACACAUCACACAUCGCUCUUAGCCCCGUCUUUUCUUCAGCAUUUGACGUUUUUGAAUACCCGUUCUUGAGCGUUUCAUUUCCUGGCAGAUGCAACGAGUCGUCGUCGUUUUUCAUUUUUACGUUUCUGCACUUUGGGUUUUUUUUGCAUUCUUCGUUUUGUUUACUCGCAUUACUUCAUGGUUUGAUAGGGUUGGUUGGUUAGGCUUGAAGGAAGAUUUCCUUUAUAAAGAAAGCUAGGGAGAAGAGGGGGGGGGGAGGGAAAGUUGAAGGGCUAUAUAAAUCCUCACAACAACAAGACCGGGUGAAAAAAGCUUCGAGGAGGCUAGAGGGAUUGCUUUUGGGGAUUGGCACACACAAACGAGACAUAUAUAUUUUUCUUUGGAGCGGCGGAAAAUCCGGUAUGCGGUGCUAUGUGAGCAUUUUGUUUUGGCCCGUAGGAAGGAUCGAUGGCGGACGGGCCCGGGGG